AUGGGGGACGAAGACAGGUGGCAAUUUGGAAAGUGCUCUCCAGCCGCAGCUUGGGGGAUGGACUGGAGGAGGCAAAAUGAAGGGGAGGCUCCAGUAGACCAAGAUUUCUCAUGGUUUGGAUUUGGGAAAGUAAAAUCAAGACAAGGUGUUGGCCCAGCUUCAGUUAUCAGCAAUGAUGAUGACUCUGCCAGCCCACUCCACCACAUCUCCAAUGGGAGUAACACUCCAUCAUCUUCAGAGGGCGGCCCUGAUGCCGUCAUUAUUGGAAUGACCAAGAUCCCUGUCAUUGAAAAUCCCCAGUACUUUGGCAUCACCAACAGUCAGCUCAAGCCAGACACAUUUGUUCAGCACAUCAAGCGACAUAACAUUGUUCUGAAAAGGGAGCUAGGCGAAGGAGCCUUUGGAAAAGUUUUCCUAGCUGAAUGCUAUAACCUCUGUCCUGAGCAGGACAAGAUCUUGGUGGCAGUGAAGACGCUGAAGGACGCCAGUGACAAUGCACGCAAGGACUUCCACCGUGAGGCGGAGCUGCUGACCAACCUCCAGCACGAGCAUAUCGUCAAGUUCUAUGGUGUCUGCGUGGAGGGUGAUCCACUCAUCAUGGUCUUUGAGUACAUGAAGCACGGGGAUCUCAACAAGUUCCUCAGGGCCCACGGGCCUGACGCCGUGCUGAUGGCCGAAGGCAACCCACCGACAGAGCUGACGCAGUCCCAGAUGCUGCACAUCGCCCAGCAGAUAGCCGCGGGCAUGGUCUACCUGGCGUCCCAGCACUUUGUGCACCGAGAUCUGGCCACCCGGAACUGCCUGGUCGGUGAGAACCUCCUGGUGAAAAUCGGGGACUUCGGGAUGUCCCGGGAUGUGUACAGCACUGACUACUACAGGGUGAGUGGCCACGCUUGCCAAGACCCCCCAGGGUCCUCUUUCCCUGGGAGGCCCUUGUAUCCAUUUGCUGGGGCUGCUGUGACACAUUACCAGAGACAAGGGGCUUCAACAACAGAUGUUUAUCUUCUCUGA